UCUAAUUUCCAAACUGGUGUCCGACGAAAAUUAGGGCUCUGAGUCUGAGAGAGACCUUAGAUUUGGGGCAGUAUUCGCAGCAUCUGCAGUUAUUCUUUCUUCGAUUUCAGCGAUCAGCAGCAAAUGUCGCCUCCUCCUGGACCCUACUCCGGCACCAGCACUCUCGCCUUGGUGGCUCGUGCUUCAGCCUUCACGUUUGGAGUCGUCUAUGGAAAUUUGAAGCUUAAGUAUCUUAAGGCCAGAAUAUUGCAAAACCCAUUCUGGCUACGUAUCCUUCUCAAAUGUCUCAAAUGGCCCUGCUUCUGAUCAUUCCGUUGUGAAGAUAUCAAGUAGGAGUCAUGUGUUUGUGCAUGACUAUCAGAGGCCUACUUACAAAUCCUGGGGUGACGUGACUCAAUACUAUAAGAGAAGAAAGGAAGCUUAUUGUGCUGAACGGACUUCUAGUUUGCCUAGUUUGACAGAUGGAAGUGAUCACAAAUUUAGACAACAAAGCACUGAUAAUGACUUAUCUUGUCCAUCUACUAGUAAUUCACCUCUCUCGUUCAGAAAUGUUCAUGAUUCAGCUUGUUCUUCAGGAAACCUUAGCCUACCGAAUAUCGUAAGUGUGAAUACAAUUGCACCAGAUCGUGAGAUGAAGGACAACUUUUCAAGUAGCAGACAGUCUUAUACAUCAAAUAGCCAACAAGCAGAUAUACACUGGAAAAUCUCUCCGAGGACAAUGCAGUUACUUCCAAAGUCUUCCCAACCUAAAAUUUCCCUGCCAAAAUUAUUCGAAGAACAGAAAGAAAAGUAUCCCUCAAUUGAUAAAGGCAGUGCUCAUAAUGUAACAAAAAGGGAGGCUGCUGCUGAAAAGUCUGUUGGUGUUGACAAAAUAAAUGGAACCCCCACAGGAAAAGGAUCUGUGGAACCAGAAGCUAUUAUCCAGUCAAAUCUUCGUGAGAGGCUUGGUUGCAUUUAUGACAAGGUUCUUGUGGUUGAUACUGUCUCUGCUGCAAAGGAAGUAGUUGGUAUGCUCACAAAUCAAUACAGGCAUAUGGUCCAUGCAUGUGACACGGAAGUAUCAAAGAUUGAUGUUAAGCAGGAAACACCAGUUGAUCAUGGAGAAAUUGUAUGCUGCAGUAUUUAUUGUGGACCGGAAGCGAAUUUUGGAAAUGGCAAGUCUUGUAUCUGGGUAGAUCUUCUUGAUGAGGACGGGAGGAAUCUUUUGGCUGAAUUUGCUCCUUUUUUUGAAGACCCGUCAAUUAAAAAGGUGUGGCACAACUAUAGCUUUGAUAACCAUGUUAUAGAGAAUUAUGGACUUAAACUUGAUGGUUUCCAUGCUGAUACAAUGCACAUGGCCCGAUUGUGGAAUUCAUCAAGAAGAUUAGAAGGUGGGUAUUCUCUGGAAGCCCUUACCGUGAUUCUUCUGUCAUGUCUGAUGCUAGGUUAUGCCUUGGUGAAGAGUUGAUUGGUAAGGUGUCAAUGCAAAACCAUCUUUGGGAAGAAAAAAAUUUCUGUUCACUUGAAGCUCCUGAAUCUGUGCAGAGCAAUGGGUGGUGUAGAAAGGUUGAAAUUGAAUGGGGAAACCAUGCCCUAUCCAACAGAGUUCAGGAAGCUGUCCAGGCAAUGUUAAACUUUGUCAAAAGAGAGGGCCCCAAGGGAUGGGAUGACCCAUGGAGUUAAAUAUCAACUUUUUUUUUCCUUUUUUUUUUGAAUUGUUAUGUCAUUGAAUUCAGACAAUGGUGGUCCUCCUUUUAGUUGUUUGAUUUUUUUAUAGGUACGGAAUGGCAUCUAUAGCGAAGUUAGUAGAUUAGUAUAGUUUCUUUUCUUCUGAAAGAACUUAGAGUUUCAAUGGAAAGUUCAAAGACUUGUAUAUCUGACAUAAUUGUGGCAUGAAUGAAG